UUUGCUGAAACGGGACAUCGCCAUCGUGCAGCUCACUGUUCGAGUAUAUGUGAGUGUGUGUGUGCGCGUCGAGGAGCGCUUUGCGUUGGCUCCAUGUAGAAAACUGAAGCAGUAGCAAGUAAAACGACGAAAAGUCUCAGAACGUCGAUACACACAGCAACGACGACAUCACAUUUUAAUAAGCCUCAAUCACUUGUUUCUAGCAACGAAUCAUCACGGACAAAAGAGCUGAAUUUUCACCUUUUUUUCCUGUGUGUUGUUACACUGACCAAACGAUUUGUGUUUUUUUCGUUAAUUUUAUCCGUUGAUUUUUGAGCAUUUUUUCCAAAGAGGAAAAGAAAAAAAAACCAACUUAAUUCUAUCAAAUCAUUUGCCAGCCACUUUAUAAUUUUCGCGUGUAUAUUUCGUUUAAAUGUGUUUCAGUAUCGCAUGGCGUAGAAGUGUGUCCUCUUUCAUAGUGCAAAAUCACAAGUUCAAUUUUUCAGUCAGAAAUAAUUGAGCCAAACGCAAUAAAAGAAGGGACAAAAGAAGACAAAAAAAGUUUCGUUUGUUAAAAAAAACGACUUUCGAAAAGCAUUCACAAAGUUCUUCAAUUACACGUUUGUUCGCUCUGCAGAAAAAGGGAAAAAAGGAAGAAGGCAAGCUACAAAAUCAAUCGCUGUGUGAAUCCAAUUAGAUUGAGAAAAUCAAACAAGAAAAAAAAGUCAGCUAGUGUGUGUAGGAGCGAAAAAAAAACAGAGUAACAAACAUGUCGAAAUUAAUUUGGUACAUAUUUUUUGUGUCGUUACCAUUUUCUGUGUUUGGAAUCGAUUUAAGUAGACUAUACGGGCAUUUAAGGCCACCGGUUCAAAAGCGCAGUGAUGCUUGUCAUCCGUAUGAACCGUUUCGUUGCCCAGGCGAUGGACACUGCAUAUCGAUUCAGUAUUUGUGCGAUGGAGCGCCCGACUGUGACGAUGGAUAUGAUGAAAACCCCAAACUGUGCACAGCUGCUAAGCGACCACCUGUUGAAGAGACCGCAUCAUUUCUACAGAGCUUAUUAGCAUCGCAUGGGCCAAACUAUUUGGAAAAGUUAUUCGGUAGCAAAGCUCGUGAUGCACUACAGCCAUUGGGUGGUGUUGAAAAAGUUGCUAUCGCCCUCAGUGAAUCACAAACAAUCGAGGAUUUUGGCGCCGCACUUCAUCUCAUGAGAUCUGAUUUGGAACAUUUGCGUUCGGUAUUCAUGGCUGUUGAAAAUGGUGAUAUUGGCAUGUUGAAGUCGUUAGGCAUUAAAGAUUCAGAAUUAGGUGAUGUGAAAUUUUUCCUCGAGAAAUUGGUCAACACCGGUUUCUUGGACUGAGUAGCACCAGAACAUGCAUCGCCAUUCUACUAUUCCGUUCCAAUCAAUCCAAAAUUUUACUCAUACCUUGAAACACCUAUGGAUGGCUACAAUUUCUAAGCAGUCAUACGAUUCAACAUUGGAUCGUUGAACCAAAACCCAAAAUAUACAGAACCAAAAGAGAUACACCCACACUCACACACAGAAAUGUGUGUAUCCCAUCAAACCCAUGACUAAAAUAGUGGAUUGACGAAUGCGUGAAUUAUAUGUAAAUGAAAUGCUCAAUCACAAAAUUAAUAAGACGCAAAAUUUUCGCUAUUUGUUUGAUUCCCCAUGAAAAUAUUUAUGCAUUUAUCAUAAAAUGCACAGCUCGGCUACAGUAUUUUUAUAGAAAUUUUGGACACAAACACACAAUCAAUUCAGAGCGAAAAAAAAGUGAUUUCAUAUCUUUUUUUCUGGUGGAAUUGAUGUUUUUUCAAUUACUCUUUGAAAUGGAACCAGUUAUUUUUCGCUCUCUAUAAAAUAGCGACAUUUUGAGUUGGCAGCAUCUCUGACAAACUCUAUGAAAAAAAAAAACUCGGAAAAAGUUUCCAUUGUCGUUGAACCAGUCGAACAGCAAUGAAUUGAAACAGUGCACUCGGUACAGAAAUUUUGUUGUGUUGUUGUUUCUCUGACACAAUUCCAUCCACGAUAACUGACGAGCUUCAAAACCGAAAUAAAUUCUGGAUCAAUUUGUUUUUCUCGACAUAUCGACAUUAGGGACUUUUUCAUAAUCACAUUUCUUUUAGUUCGGACACUAAUAUUCUAAAAGAAUUGGUGAAUUUCACUUUGAUCACAUCACAUUUACGGUGCAGAAUUAACCGCCUAAUUUUCUCGCUUAAUUCAUUCCAAAAACAAACGAUCGAACGAUUCAAUUAAAUUUUUAUUGGAUGAUGAUUAUUGGAAAAAUCCAAAAGUUCAAAUUAAAUGACUAUCUUUAUGAUUCGGAAUGAAUUCCAAUCGAUAAUUAAUUAUUCUUAUGUGUGAUGCUUUCGAAACUUAAAUUAAUUUUCCUUCGUGUUUGCGGUGGAAAAUGCACGAACGGAUUGCUUCACACCGAUGGGUUUUGUUCCUUUUUUCGGAUUUUUGCACUGUAAAUGUUUGAUGAUCUGUUCGCGUGCUAAUUAGCGAUGGUACAAACGAAGUCACAAACACUUGGGCAGCGUAUUGAUUCAGCAUACAAAAAAAAAAAAAUCAGCGGCGAUGUAUGUGCCCGCAAGUUUGUCUUGACGUGAAACACAAUGAUAGGCAGACAAACAACAACAACAAAAAAUGAAAAGCUUAUUAUAUAUUUUAAAUGAAACUGAAACAUAUCAAAUGAUCUUAUUUAUUUAAUAAAUCUUAAAGUAUAUACAAAACAAAAAAAGCAACUACUUUACCAGACAAAAACAAAACAUAUCAUGAAACCAAGAAACAGUUCUAUAUAUAUUAAUAUAACAUUAAGUUUUAAAUUUAUUUAAUAAAAUCAAAUUCAUAAAAAUGUA